UGGCAGACUUACUUGUCAAUGUUGAUUUCUGUAAAUUUUAUUGAAAUAGCGAUUAUUUUAUUUUAUUCAGCUUUAAAAGUAGUGGAAACUGUCGUAGAAAUUUGGGUUAAAUAAAAUUGGUGUUUGGUGUGGUGAUCAAUUGUGAUAUUAGUGUACAUUCGGCCAAUGAGUAUCAUAGACGAUCGGUAACAUUAUCUUGAAUCGAUUUAGCUACGAAAAUACUUGAAGUUUACCGUGAAUACAUUAUCGCUAUGUCAACAAACUCAUGAGCGUGUAAUUAUCUAAAGGAGCAACGAUGUCUCUGGAGCGCGAGGGCGCAGCGCCCAUGCCGCUGCCGCUGCCGGCGGGCGGCUCCAGCGACCCGCGCUCGCAGCUGCUGCAGGAGAUGCGAGAGCAGAACUUCGACCUCAUCCGCUUCGCCUCGUACCGGACCGCCUGCAAGCUCCGAUACGUGCAGAAGAAGUGCAACUUGCACGUGAUAGACAUAUGGAACGUGAUAGAGGCGUUUCGCGAGAACGCUCUCAACACAUUGGAGCCUACAGCUUGUGUCAACGUCACGCGACUAGAGACGCUUGUAUCGUCACUAUACCACAAUUUGAACAAGCGCCUGCCGCCGGCGCACCAGGUGUCCGUCGAAGCCUGCUCCGCGCUACUUCUCAACUGGCUAUUAUCCGCCUACAGCACCGGGGAAAAUGUGGGCAAAAUAAGGGUGUUCUCAAUCAAAGUUGCUCUAGCAACUAUGUGCGCUGGCAAACUAAUGGACAAGUUGAGGUAUAUAUUCUCUCAGCUCUCGGAUGGCAAUGGACACCUACUUAUGAAGAGGCUAUCGGAUUACCUAAGAGAAGUGUUGGCGUUACCAGCCGCUGUGUAUGAAUCGCCUUCGUUCAGUUAUAACGACUCGCUAGCCUUGUCUAUAUUCAAUCAGAACGUGAAAAUAACUGUGAAUGAUUUCCUGGACACCCUUAUGUCAGACCCUGGGCCUCCGUGCCUGGUCUGGCUUCCGUUGCUGCACCGACUCGCCAGUGUCGAAAAUGUGGUUCACCCGCUAGCCUGCAGCGCGUGCCGCCGCUCCUCGCUGACCGGCUUCCGGUACCGAUGCACGCGCUGCGCCAACUACACGCUCUGCCAGGACUGCUUCUGGCGCGGCCGCGUGUCCGGCACACACACCAACGAGCACGAGGUCAAGGAGUACGCCGCUUACAAGUCCCCGUCGAAGCAGAUAGGCGCGACUCUCCGCAAGUCGUUCCGCUGCGUGCCGGAGCGCGCGCGGCCGCAGCUGCCGCGCUACCCCGACCAGCCGGAGCGGACGCUCAACCUCAGCCACAUAGUCCCGCCAUCCCCGGUGCCAGCACACAACGGGUUCCCAGAAUAUGCACCGGGAUACGUCAACACAGGCUCCUUAGACUCCCGGUCUUCCCGCUCCACUCACCGCAGCAUCGCGGAACAUCUGUCCCGGGGAGGAGACGACGAGCACCGGCUCAUAGCGAGAUACGCUGCGAGAUUGGCCCAUGAGAAUAGGACUAUGCCCAGAGCAGGAAGGUCCGCGUCCUUGACACCUGAACUGGGCCGUUCGUCGUCCGAGGGUUCCGAAGUGGACGCGGCGAGGCAGCAGCGCGAACUGAUAUCCCAGCUCGAAGCCAAGAAUAGGGAGAUCAUGAGGGAGAUCGCCAGGCUCAGGCGACAACAGGAGGCCGAGGCCAGCGCAGGCGCGUCAGGCACGCCGGGCUCCGCCCCCCCGCUAGUGUCAGAACUGCGAGCGCUGCGCCAGCGCAAGGACGAGCUGGAGGGCCACCUGUCCUCGCUGCAGGAGUCGCGCAAGCACCUCAUGCAGCAGCUCGAGGGGCUCAUGAGGAUGCUCAAGACGCAGCAGUCGUCGCCGCGGUCGACGCCCAACUCGUCCCCGCGCUCGACCAAAAGCCCGCCGUUGCCGGGUGCGCAGGCGCAACCCAGUGCGCCAGAAAGAGAGUCGAGUACCCGAGGGACAGUCCGCAGCGCGCCUCAAACUCCUUCGCUAGGGGAAAGAGAGCGGAUCGACAUGACGCACAGCCUUGGUGUGGAGAGUAUGGGAGGUGAAAGUAGAAGUUUUCAUCAAAACCAAAGACCGACAACAAUGGGCAUAGACAACCGAAGCCUGCGCAGCGACCUGCUUUACGCCGCGGACUCCGUCACCAAUGCCAUGUCCACGCUAGUUAGAGAGCUCAAUUCAGAAGGGUCCGACACAGAAGACACGGUGAAGGGUGAACCUAGGAAACAGAGAGAUUUCGAAGAGGACGACGACAGCGACGAGCCGAUGCCGCGGCCGCAGCCGCCGCGACACUACCUACACGACAACAAUGUUCAGAGCAUGGCACCGAGUGUUAAAACACUAUCAUAAGUUUUUUUGCAAGUAUGCUAGAGGAUACACCGCCGCCCCUACCGGCUCGCACAGGUCACUAUUUCCCGCGCACAUAGCUCACGACACCACAUAAGUAUACCUAAUACAUGUU